AUGGUGAACAUUCCUAAGACCCGCCGGACAUUCUGCAAGAAAUGCGGCAAGCACCAACCCCACAAAGUGACACAACACAAGAAGGGCAAAGAUUCUUUGUAUGCCCAGGGAAAGCGGCGUUAUGACAAGAAACAGAGUAGCUACGGUGGGCAGACUAAGCCUAUUUUCCGCAAAAAGGUGAAAACUACAAAGAAGAUUGUGCUGAGACUGGAAUGUGUGGAACCCAACUGCAGAUCUAAGGGGAUGCUGGCUAUUAAGAGAUGCAAGCAUUUUGAACUGGGAGGUGAUAAGAAGAGAAAGGGCCAAGUGAUCCAGUUCUAAGCUGAUCUUGUUAUGAAGACAAUAAAAUUAUGAGCUUUCACUCAAAAAAAAAAAAAAAAGGAGUUUAGGAGCCAGGACAAAGCAAAUUGUUAGUAUAAUCCAGAGAAGAAGUCGUAUCCUAAGAAAACUUAAAGUCAUUUCAUAAUUAUAAUAGACCCAAGUGUUUUAGCAUGGAGAUACUAAAGUUUAUAAAAAUGAAAAAGAAAAAAAUGAGUCAACUACAAAAGAG